CUUUUUUUAAAUGACAGAACAUAAAGACAAACAAAUAUUAGAAUUACCACUUGAUUUGAUAUUAAACAUUUCCAAAUAUUUAAGUUUUUCAGACCUUUGGUAUUUAUCGACUAGUUCACAACAUUGUAAAAAGCUAGGACACCGGAUUAUAUGGCAUAAAUAUCAUAUUGAUCUAAGUAAACCGCAGCUGAAUGGAUUUAGUCAUUUAAUCUAUGGAGCCUUAGCAUACUUGACACAACAUUGCCAUCCGACAAUCGAUUCAAGCAUAGUUCAGAGUGUAUCUAAUCGAUUGGCAGUUGAAAUAUAUGAUAGAUCACCUCUUAAGAAUUGGGAGCCCAGUCUAGACUUUUUGCUUGAUAAAACGCUUGGAAUUGUUGUAGAUCAUGUUUUCUUGGAUGCAGAACUGGAUACAAUUCCUUAUACAAAGGAGUUCCAGCCCACAAAAAUGGGACAACUGAUAUCCCUGUUUCUCAACACACUCUAUCCAACCUUGACUGCACUAUUUGAUGAUACAGAAUUAACCAGCAAAAUACAUCACAGAAUUUUAAUGAAUCAUAUCAAACGACACUUGCAUACUACUUCAACUCGAUAUCAUCAGUUUAUACGUAAAAAGUUCUUGUCCAUUUCAUCCACUCUCGUCUUUUCACUACGCACUCAUUUUCGUAUACUCGUACGUUUUAUUGGAACACUCGUGCAAACAGAUUUACUAUCCGUUCAAGACUUGGAUACCUUGAUUAGACAGCAAAUACACUACUUUUCAUAUCAUAAAGACGACCAUAAACGUAAAAGAGUCAAGCUAAAUGGUAAUAACAAUAAUAAUGAUCAGCAAUUAUUACAACUAGAAGAGAUUGAAUUUCAAAUGGAAAUCUUCUUGGAUCUCACAAGAGCAGUAUUUCUAUUACAGCAGCAUACGACAAAUGACUUGAAGACUGUUUCGAAUAUGCUUCAAUCUACUGUAUCAACUCUCAUUUCUACCAAAAAGUCCAACUAUAGCACUUCUAUUUAAUUCCCCCUUUAAUACAUAAUUAUGCAUAUUUGUAUGUGUGUGUGUUUGUACAUCUAUCUUUUUGUUCCAUAGUUUGUAAAUACUUUAUGUAACUAAUAAAAAAUUGGGC